AUGGAAGAGUUGCAAACCUAUGACAGUUCAAACUCAAGCAAUGGUGACAGCAAAAUCAGUGUUGAAAAGGUUUUCGACAACAAAGAUAAAUUGCUCACUUGGGUACGAGACAUUGGAAGGAUAAAUGGCUUUGUUAUUAUUAUAAGGACGUCGAACUAUGGUGGCGGUUGUAAGAGACCAAGAAUUUAUCUUGCUUGUGAGCAGAGUGGGAAGUAUAGAUUACAUAAAAAGUUGAAAGAUGGCCCAAAAGACUUAUUGAGACAAACUGGUACGAAGGAGUGCGAAUGUCCAUUUGAUUUGAGGGCAUUCAAGUUGAAAACAAACGAUGAAUGGACAUUGAAUGUAGUUUGCAGGCUGCAUAAUCAUCCAGCUGUGGAGCAUCUCCAAGGAUAUUCAUAUGCAGAGAGAUUGUCAACUAAUGAAAAGUCACUAUUAGUUGAUAUGUCAAAGAGCCUAGUAAGACCAAAAGAAAUACUCAUUACACUCAAACAGAGGGAUGCCCUUAAUAUGAGCACAAUGAAGACAGUUUACAAUGUUCGACAUCGAUGUAGGGUUCUACAGAAAGCUGGUAGAUCCCAGAUGCAACAACUGCUGGGUGAAUUAGCGAAACAUAAGUACAUUGAGCGUCAUCGAUGUGAGGAAGGCUCUAUGACUGUCACAGACUUGUUUUGGGCACAUCCAGUGAGUUUGGAUUUGCUUCGUACAUUCCCUCGUGUGUUGAUUAUGGAUUGCACAUAUAAGACGAAUAGAUAUCGGCUUCCUCUUCUUGAAAUUGUGGGAGUAACAUCAACUCAUAUGACAUUCUCCGUGGCUAUCGCAUACUUGCAAACUAAGCGGGUUGAUAAUUAUGCAUGGGCGUUACAAACAUUGAGUGAUCUUAUGGACGACAGUGUUUUACCUGAAGUCAUUGUCACAGACAAAGAGCUUGCUUUGAUGAAUGCCAUUGACAACACCUUUCCGAAUGCUCGACAUUUGUUAUGUCGUUGGCAUAUUAAUAAGAAUGUAUUGACAAAAUGCAAGAAAAUGUUUGAGACAAAAGAAAAAUGGGACAAGUUUAACACUGCAUGGAACUAUUUGAUAUUGUCAUCGACUGAAGAGGAAUACAAUGAUCACCUCGCAACACUACAUAAGGAUUUCAGUAACUAUCCGGAGGCAAUCAAAUAUGUUACUGUGAGUUGGUUGAAUCCGUAUCAAGAAAAAUUCAUUGCGGUACAUACAGACAUAUGUAUGCAUUUUGGCAAUGUUACAACCAAUCGGGUUGAGAGUGCUCAUGCUAGAUUGAAAAGGCAAUUAGGUUCAAGUCAAAUGACAUUUGAGCUCCGGGGUAAUGUGUCUAUUUGUGCAUUGGAGUACGUGUUAGCAGAGAGUAAGAGAGCAAAUUCAGUUGGAAUUGAUGUUGCAACAUGUGGGUGUGUUCUUAGGCGCACACAUAGUUUACCUUGUGCUCACGAGAAUGCAGAUUACAUGAGACAAGGCCGUCCUAUUCCACUCAGUAGCAUACAUGUACAUUGGACGUGCCUUACUAUAUGUGUGCAUAAUUCGAAGGAACAGAAGUUGGAAUUGACUUGUGUCCCAGAACUUGAGUUGAUUUUAAAGCGGUUCAAAGAGUCUAAUAUUGCCACGCAAUUGGAUAUGUUGAAGAAGUUGAGGGAAAUUGCAAAUCCAGCAAGCACUUUUCUUAUUGAGCCUGAUGUGAAACCUAAUCCACGUCGAGGACAUAAGAAAAUUGAUAUAUCUUGUCGUCGUGACCCGUGUGGAUUUGAGUUGGUUGACGAUGAGCAUGAUAGCCAGAGCACAUUAGCUUCCAAUCAGUCAAAGAAAAAGAGAGUUUCAAAAGUGCAUGAGAAGAAGCGGAAUGUGAAGACAAAGACAUAUCGUACAAGAACAAGUUUACCAAGUACAUAUGCUGCUAACUUUCCGCCUACGUUAAUACCAUUCAUAAAGUUGAUGAAGGAUGUAGAUGGUGAUGGGAAUCGUGGAUUUAGAGCUAUUGCAGGUUUACUUGGUCUUGGAGAGAAUGAUUGGGUGCAAGUUAGGCGUGAUCUGCUACUUGAAUUGAAUACUCACAGAGAUGAAUACGUCGUACUAUAUGGGUCGCAUGAGAGGUGUCUCACUUUCUUACCUUUGAGAUCACCACCGGUAACCCUAGCUGAUCGUCGCGAGAUUGCCAUUGGAUUUGUCAAUGGAAAUCAUUUUGUGCAGGUGUUUUUGGAAGUCGGUCAUCCAGUUCCUCCCAUUGCCGUGCUUUGGCAAGUUCACCAUCACCCUUGUGCGUCAAAAUGGGAGAAUGCAUAUGUUAGCCGCGUUCAAAAAUUCAAAGACAACAUCGGACCUAAUGUAGCUACUCGAGAGACAUUUGAUGUAGUUGACAUAGAUUGA